AUGGCACCUUUCAAGCUCAACAACCAAAACCUGGCGCAGAUCGCGACCGCGGGUGAGACCCAAGUCAAGAUCCCAACCUACAAGCGCGGUGGCGCCGUCAAGGAGGGAAUCAUCCAUGUCGGUGUGGGUGGCUUCCACAGAGCUCACUUGGCUGUCUACGUCGAUCAAUUGAUGCAGAAGCAUGGCGUGACCGACUACGCCAUCUGCGGUGUCGGCCUACAGCCUUUCGAUGCCGGCAUGCGGGAUGCUCUUGGCUCUCAGGACUACCUCUACACCGUCAUUGAACGGUCGGCCAAGGGCAGCUUCGCCAACGUCGUUGGUAGCAUCAACUCCUACCUCUUUGCCCCCGAUAACCGCGAGGCCGUCAUUGCCAAGAUGGCUCACCCCGAUACCCACAUCGUCUCCCUCACCAUUACCGAAAGCGGCUACUACUACAACGAGAACACCCACGAGCUCCAGAGCGAGAACCCCGAUAUCCAGCACGAUCUCGACCCGGCCAACGAGAACGCCCCCCGUACUACCUUCGGUUUCCUCUACGCUGCCCUUGUUCGUCGCCGUCAGCAAGGCCUCAAGCCCUUCACCGUCAUGUCCUGCGAUAACAUGUUGAAGAACGGCUCCAUCACACGUCACAUGCUCGAGUCAUUCGCACGCCUCCGCGACCCGGAGAUGGCAAAGUGGAUCUCCGAGCAGGGCGGUUUCCCCAACGCUAUGGUCGACCGUAUCACCCCCCAGACCGCCCCCUCCGACAAGGUCGCCCUCGCAGAGAACUUCGGUAUUGAGGAUUCAUGGCCCGUUGUCACAGAGCCCUUCAUGCAAUGGGUAAUUGAAGACAAGUUCUCCGACGGUCGCCCUCCCUUCGAAAAGGUCGGAGCCCAGGUUGUCAAGGACGUGCACGACGUCGAGCAAUUCGAGAAGCACAAGCUGCGCCUGCUCAACGGUAGCCACUCCGCCAUCGGCUACCCGGGCCAACUGGCAGGCUUCAAGUACGUGCACGAGGUGAUGGAGAACCCGCUCUUCCGCAAAUUCGUCUGGCAAUACAUGCAAGAAGAAGUCAAGCCUCUCCUCCCCGAAAUCCCGGGCGUCAACAUCGACGAAUACUGCAACACCCUCAUGGAGCGUUUCUCUAACCCCACUAUUAUGGACCAACUGCCCCGCGUCGCGCUCAACGCCUCCGGCAAAAUUCCCCAAUUCAUCAUGCCCUCCAUCGCCGAACAAAUCUGGGUCACCGGCCCCUUCCGCCGUCUGUGCUUCAUCGCCGCCGCCUGGUUCCACUACAUCAACGGCGUCGAUGACAACGGCAACAAGUUCGAAGUCGACGACCCGAUGCGCGAGGAACUCCAGGCCAAGGCUCGCGCCGGUGGCACCAACCCCGCCGAGCUGCUGAGCAUUAAGAACCUCUUCGGUGAUGAUCUGCGUGGCGAUAAGCGCUUCAUUCAGGAGAUGACCACUGCCAUGGAGGACAUCGCCCGGGAUGGUAUCCUGAAGACCAUCCCCAAGUACAUUGAUUAG